AUGGCAGACGAUUGGAGUUCAUGCCUUCAAAUCCUCGAGGGGCACAACAGGUCCGUCUUAUCAGUUACCUGGUCGCUAGAUGGAAGCCGACUUGCAACAGCGUCAGAUGAUAGGACCGUCAGGAUCUGGAACCCGGUCACUGGCCAGUGUAUAUCGACCCUUGAAGUGCGUAGCAGGUUCAUCUUGUCAGUUGCCUGGUCGUUGGAUGGAAGCCGACUUGCAACAGCGUCAGAUGAUAGGACCGUCAGGAUCUGGAACCCGGUCACUGGCCAGUGCAUACUAACCCUCAAAGGGCAUAGUAUGUCUGUUACAUCAAUUGCCUGGUCGCCGGAUGACAGCCGACUCGCAUCAGGAUCAUAUGAUGCGGAUGUGAGGAUCUGGGACCCGGUCACUAGCCAGUGUAUACUAACCCUCAAAGGGCAUAGUAUGUCUGUUAUGUCAAUUGCCUGGUCGCCGGAUGAAAGCCGACUCGCAUCAGGAUCAUAUGAUACGGAUGUAAGGAUCUGGGACCCGUUCACUGGCCAGUGCACAUCAAUUCUCGAGGGGCAUAGCAAAUCCGUCACGUCAAUUGCCUGGUCGCCGGAUAGAAGCCGACUCGCAUCAGCGUCAGAUGAUAGGACCGUCAGGAUGUGGGACCCAGUCACUGGCUGGUGCACAUCAAUUCUCGAGGGGCAUGGCAAGUCCGUCAUAUCAGUUGCCUGGUCGCCGGAGGGAAGCCGACUCGCAACAGCAUCAGAUGAUGGGAACGUCAGGAUCUGGGACCCGCUCACUGGCCAGUGCAUAUCAACCCUCAAAGGGCAUAGCGGCUGGGUUAGGUCAAUUGCCUGGUCGCCAGAUGGAAGCAGACUCGCAUCAGGAUCAGAUGAUGCGAACGUCAGGAUCUGGGACCCGGUUAUUGGCCAGUACACAUCAACCCUCGUGGCACAUAGCAGCUGGGUCAGAUCAAUCGCCUGGUCGCUGGAUGGAAGCCGACUCGCAUCAGCGUCAGAUGAUAAGAACGUUAGGAUCUGGGACCCAGCCACUGGCAAGUGCACAUCAACCCUCAAAGGGCAUAGUAGGUCUGUAACGUUAAUUGUCUGGUCGCCGGAUGGAAGCCAACUCGCAUCAGGAUCAUAUGAUGCGGACGUCAGGAUCUGGGAUCCGGUCACCGGCCAGUGCACAUCAAUUCUCGAGGGGCAUAGCAAACUCGUCACGUCAAUCGCCUGGUCGCCGGAUGGAAGCCGACUCGGAUCAGCGUCAGAUGAUAGGACCGUCAGGAUGUGGGACCCAGUCACUGGCCGGUGCACAUCAACCUUUGCUGCUUAUUGUGAUGAGAGUGUUCAAUUUGAAAAACUCGGUUUAAAUCAUCUGCAUACUGGUGUUGGCACAUUCAACCUUGAGAAUGUUGUCUCUAUAAAGACCUCCCUUGACCGUUCGGCUCCCCUGCCACAUCAAACAGGGUAUGGCUUGAAUGAUGAUCGCACCUGGAUAACCUACAAAGGAGAAAACCUUCUAUGGUUGCCCUCAGAGUGUCGGCCGGCCGUUUUCUCAUCAUCAACCAUACCUUCAAAUAUGGCAAUCGGCUGUUCAUCAGGUCGUGUCUUGAUCUUCAGUUUCUUGAAGGAAACCCCUGUCAUUAGCCCUGUCAUCAACCCUGUCAUUAACCCACAAACCUCAGAGCGACUUUCCAAACCUGGCGGACAUCGUAGGCGCACAAUCGUCUCGCGCCUCUUUAGUAGAAACUAG